UAACUCACUUUGAAUCGGUUCUGUGUCUGUUGCUAUUCACUUGCUUAGUUGUUACUUGACUGGUUAAACUGUAUUUGGAUUAACACAACAUUUUAUUUAUUUACAGUUUUUACUUAUUAUAGAGAUUUAACCAUCACAUCAUCUCACUGUCAUCAUCUUCAUCAUCACCAUCAUCAUCGGCACCAGUAUCAUCAUUAAUACAGUUAUAUAUUGAUAACAGAAUAAUGGGACGCAAAAAAAUUCGAAUUUCAAGGAUUACAGAUGAACGUAAUCGUCAGGUCACAUUUACCAAAAGGAAGUUUGGUUUGAUGAAAAAAGCUUAUGAGCUUAGUGUAUUGUGUGACUGUGAGAUCGCUCUCAUCAUUUUUAAUAGCACAAAUAAAUUAUUUCAAUAUGCCAGCACCGAUAUGGACAAAGUGCUCCUUAAAUAUACCGAGUACAAUGAGCCCCAUGAAAGCCGGACCAACAGCGAUAUUGAAGAGACUUUGCUAAAAAAAGAAAACAAAAAUUCGGCCACAUUUUCAUAUGAAAGUGCUCAAUUAUUCACAGAAUGCUGAUGUUGGCGCCUUAUU